AACACGGUGCGCCAUGGAGAUUUUCUUAAGUUUGUGCUUAUUUAUCGUAGCCACGGUGCUAGUCCUUUGGUUUCUUAGCUCUUCCCAUGACAAGUCCAAGACCAAGAAGAGGUUGCCCCCCGGACCAUGGACCCUUCCGAUCAUCGGCAGCCUCCACCACCUCGUCGGCCACCUCCCGCACCGAGCCCUGUCGGAGCUGUCUCGCCGGCACGGCCCGCUCAUGUACCUCAAGUUCGGCGAGGUCCCCACCGUGGUGGUCUCCAGCGCCGAGGCGGCGGCGCUGGUCAUGAAGACCAACGACCCUACCUUCGCGGACCGGGGAAGCGGCGUCGCGCUGGACAUCGCCGGCUGCGGCGGGAAGGGGAUCAUGCUGGCCCCCUACAGCGACCGUUGGCGGCAGAUGCGGAAGGUCUGCGUCGUGGAGCUUCUUAGCGCCGCGCAGGUGAGGCGCAUGGCGUCCAUUAGGGCCGAGGAGAUGGCCGGCCUCGUCCGCUCCCUGGCCGCCUCGCCCGCGGGUGGCACCGUGAACCUCAGUGAGAAGUUGCCGGUGCUGGCGAACGACAUCGUCGCUAGGGCCGCGUUCGGUGGGAAGUGCGCGCAACAGGGAGAGUAUCUCCGCGAGCUCGACGAGGUCAUGACGCUGCUGGGGGGCUUCAUCCUCGCUGACCUCUUCCCGUCGUCAAAGCUCGUGCGGUGGCUGGGCACUGGCGAGCGCCGGCUGAGGAGGAGUUGUGGCCGGAUCCAGCGCAUCAUCGACAACAUCAUCGACGACCGCAGGGCGAGGCGUGCAGCCGACGGUCCCCGUAGCACCGACGACGAGGACCUGCUAGACGUGCUGCUCAGGUUGCAGGAAGAGGACUCGUUGACAUUCCCUUUAACCGCGGAAAUAAUUGGCGUGGUCAUCUUUGUGAGUAUGCCGAUUAUUCCAUUCCUUUUCUCUCAAUUUCCUAUACUCCUAUGCCAUGAGCCCAUGACACAAGGAAUAAUAGGCGUGGUUAUCUAACUACAGUAUCUAAUAAGUACUAUUGUUUGUUUCUAAAA